CUCCCGUACCGUGUCCGCAGUCUCUGGUCAUCUCCCGUACCGUGUCCGCAGUCUCUGGUCAUCUACUGUACCGUGUCCGCAGUCUCUGGUCAUCUCCUGUACCUUGUCCGCAGUCUCUGGUCAUCUCCUGUACCGUGUCCGCAGUCUCUGGUCAUCUCCUGUACCGUGUCCGCAGUCUCUGGUCAUCUCCUGUACCACUGUCCGCAGUCUCUGGUCAUCUCCUGUACCGUGUCUGCAUCCUCUAAAACCUUGGUACAUCUUAUAGUCAGGUGCGUCUUAUGGAGCGAAAAAUACGGUAAU